AUUGCAUAUUGGAAAGCUAUUAUUUAUUUAUAAUUAUUCAUAGUUCUCUUUAGUAAUUAAAUACUAAUCUAUAUAGUAUCGUAUAGUUAUAUAAUUAAUAAUAGUAUUUUUAUCAUUACCUAAACAAUAAAGUUGUCAGUAAGACUAAAUUUAUAAAUUUUAUUAGAGUAAAAUCCCAAUUAAUUUAAUCCUAGGGAUUAAGAUUUUAUAUAAUGGCAGAUGACGAUCAGGACCUUAAGGAAUAUCGGUGGGAGACAGGUUAUGAGAAAACAUGGGAAGCUAUAAAAGAAGACGAGGAUGGCUUAGUGGAAGGAUUAGUGGCAGAGUUUGCACAAAAGGCGGCCCGGAAGGCUGCCGCGCCUCGACGUGGUCCCAUCAGGCUCGGUAUGAUGAGACAUCUUCUUGUAGCCAUUGAUUGUUCUGAAGCUAUGAAUGCACAAGAUUUGAAGCCCUCACGUUUUCUAUGUACUUUGAAGCUGUUGCAGAAGUUUAUUGAAGAGUUUUUUGACCAAAACCCUUUGAGCCAACUUGGUAUAGUAGUAAUGAAGAACAAAAGAGCUGAGAGAAUCACUGAGCUGUCAGGCAAUGUUAGAAAGCAUAUAAAAGCUGUGGAAAGUUUGUCCACUAUGGCCCUGGUUGGUGAGCCAUCACUACAGAAUACAUUGGAAUACGCAGGGAGGGUAUUGAGACCACUGCCGGCGCACGCGUCUAGAGAGCUGUUGGUAUUGUUUGCAUCACUCACUACCUGUGACCCAUCCGACAUAACUACUACUAUUCAGACCCUGAAAACAGAUGGAAUUAGAUGUUCCGUUAUUGGAUUAGCAGCGGAAGUAAGAAUUUGCAAAAAAUUGUGCCAAGACACAGGUGGCGAAUAUGGGGUGGUUUUGGACGAUGUACACUACCGGUCGCUGUUGUUGGAGCGCAGCAGUCCUCCGGCGCAGGCGGCCGAUCGGCCCCUGCACGCCGGCCUGGUUAAGAUGGGCUUCCCGCAUUCCGCGCCCCCAGUCGCUACCUCGGAGCCCGGGGCCAAUACUGAUCCGCCUAUCACAGUUUGCAUGUGUCACUUGGAGGAAGGUGAGGGCGUGGGUGGUGAAGGGCAUCUGUGUCCGCAGUGCCGCAGCAAGUACUGCUCGUUGCCGGCACAGUGUCGUACUUGCGGACUUACGCUCGCCUCAGCGCCGCAUCUUGCUAGAUCAUAUCACCAUUUGUUUCCAGUAGAGCCAUACGAAGAAUUAAAAAAUGAAGGGCAAGCACAAAGUUGUUUUGCUUGUUUGAGGUCAUUCACAGAUGUGGAUAAACAGAUCUACCGGUGCAACCGGUGUACGGAGCACUAUUGUUGGGAGUGCGAGGGCGUGGUCGGUGGCUCGUUGCAUGUGUGCCCGGGAUGCGCCUCUCGCCCACACCUCUACCAGCGGCUGCCGGAGGCGCAGCCCCCCUCUCAUCAACCACAGCUGUCUCAUUACCUCACACAGCCGCUCGGGUGAACAAGA